AUGGCGACCGCAACGAGGAGGCUGCUCCCGACGCUCCUCAGAACCCUAACCGGCACCCGCCACCCUGGCGCGGCGCGGGGCCUCGCCACGGAGAAGGCAGUCGGCGCCGCGGCCGUCGUUGGAAGCCACACCGCGAAAUGGAUGCAGGACACAAGCAAGAAAUCUCCAAUGGAACUUAUCAAUGAGGUGCCACCAAUCAAGGUUGAAGGGCGAAUUGCCGCAUGUGAAGGGGAUAAAAACCCUGCCCUUGGCCAUCCAAUUGAGUACAUCUGCCUUGAUCUGGAUGCACCUGCUGUGUGCAAAUACUGCGGCCUUCGCUAUGUUCAAGACCACCAUCACUAA